ACCCUUAUAGUUGCACGUCCCAAACUCCCCUUCCAUCCAUGCAAAAAAUUCUCUGUUAUUUUUCCUCUCUCCCUAACAAAACCCUAACUUCUCUUCAUUAAUCGCUCUCAAGAUAACCGAAAGGAAACGCCACUUCUCUCUCCAUUCUUUCUAGAACAAUCCCUAAACGCCAUUGUUAUUGUCGGUUUUGUUGGGGUACAGCUGUUUUUGAAGUUUGUUGGGAAUUUCGUGAAUAUUUUGCGGUACUAGAAGUGGGAAUUAUAAUUGAUAACAAUGGCUCUUCCAUCGGCGGUAACGGUAGCGGCAACGCUGGCGUCAUUGUACGUUGGGGACUUGCACCCUGACGUAUCUGACGGACAACUGUUUGAGGCUUUCUCUGAGUUCAAGAGCUUGGCCUCUGUUCGUGUUUGUAGGAAUUCUUCUACUGGGAGGUCUCUUUGUUACGGCUAUGUCAACUUCAUGUCUCCUCAGGAUGCACAUCAUGCUAUCGAGGCAAAGAAUCACACAUUACUGAAUGGAAAAAUGAUAAGGGUGAUGUGGUCUCUUCGAGAUCCUGAUGCAAGAAAAAAUGGAGUUGGAAAUGUGUUUGUUAAGAAUCUCAGUGACUCAAUUGAUAAUGUGGGACUGCAAGAGUUAUUCAGCAAGUUUGGAAAUGUAACAUCUUGUAAAGUUGCAACAUUUGAGGAUGGGAAGAGUAAGGGUUACGGCUUUGUUCAAUUUGAGUCAGAAGAAUCUGCAAAUGCUGCUAUUGAGAAACUCAACGACACCACCAUUGGUCAUAAGCAGAUAUAUGUUGGGAAAUUUAUGAAAAAGAGUGAUCGUGUUUUGCCAAGUCCUGAUGUCAAAUAUACAAAUUUGUAUAUAAAGAACUUGGAUCCAGAUAUCACAGAAGAGCUUUUGCAAGAGAAAUUUUCUGCGUUUGGGAAAAUUGCUAGCCUGGUCAUAGCAAAGGAUGAAAAUAAGGCCUCUAGAGGUUUUGGCUUUGUAAACUUUGAUAGUCCAGAUGAUGCCAAGCGGGCCAUGGAACUGAUGAAUGGAUCACAACUUGGCUCCAAGGUUCUAUAUGUAGCAAGGGCACAAAAGAAAGCAGAGCGUGAGCAAAUACUGCGUAAUCAGUUUGAGGACAGACGAAAGGAGCAGAUCAUGAAAUAUAAAGCUUCAAAUGUUUAUGUGAAGAAUAUUGAUGAUGAUGUGACCGAUGAAGAGCUGAGAGAACAUUUCAGUCAGUAUGGCACAAUUACUUCUGCAAAAGUUAUGCGAGAUGACAAAGGAAUAAGCAAGGGGUUUGGAUUUGUCUGCUUCUCUGCUCCUGAGGAGGCCGCUAAAGCUGUGAGCUCAUUUCAUGGAUAUAUGUUUCAUCGCAAGCCGUUGUAUGUAGCUAUUGCUCAAAGGAAGGAGGAUAGACAAGCACAAUUACAACUUCAGUAUGCACAACGUCUGGCAGGAUUAGCAGGGCCUUCCACAGCUGUUCUCCCCGGAGGAUAUCCUCCAGUCUACUACACAGCUCCAACUGGCAUUGUUUCACAAGUACCUCCACGGCCAGGGAUGAUGUACCAACCUUUAGGUUUGAGGCCAGGAUGGAGGGCUAAUGGCUUUGCACCUCCAACCAGACCAACUUUUCAACCAUCAUCACUGCCUAUGGUUCCUAGUGCUCCAAGACAAACUAGGCAAAACCGGGGUAGGUUGAAUGGGCAUGCUCUUCCGCAGGGUGGUUCUCACUCUGUCUCUUAUGUGCCACAAUUGCAACAGCCAACCCAAGCAGUCACUUCUUCCAAAGAUCAAAGUAACCAACAGCGGGCAGGACAAGCUAAAUAUGUACCAAAUGGUAGUGCAAGAGAGGUGAACAAAGGCUCUGGAGUCCCAGCAGCUGCUUCCAAUUCUAUUGCAGCUGUAUCACAAGGAUCUGAGAUGUUGAGUAGUAUGCUUGCUGCCGCUUCCCCUGAGCAGCAAAAAACAAUACUCGGUGAACGACUCUACCCCCUUGUGCAGAAACACCAGCCUAAUCUGGUUCCGAAGAUCACAGGGAUGCUUUUAGAGAUGGACAACUCUGAACUGCUUCUUUUAUUAGAAUCACCAGAAUCUUUGGCUACCAAAGUGGAGGAAGCUGUGGAAGUGCUGAAGCUCUCAAAUGCUAAAGUGUCUGGCCAAGAUGCCCUUCAUUCAAGUUUCCUGUCUGCUGAAGUUGCAGUCAACUGAAAAAAAAAAGGAAUGGCAGUUGUCUUCAAAAUAAAAACCAUCUGAAGCUCUUAACAGGAACUAAAUUUUUGAUAUCCAAGUAUCAGAGUAUUGAACCUUUAA